AUGAAGUUGUUGUUAAUUUUUGGUUUACUGCUAAUAAGCGGCUUAAUCUGCAAUGCCCAAUAUAAGAACGGUGGUGGCGGAGGUGGUAAAUAUGGCGGUGGAGGAGGAGGGGGAGGUCCUACAGGAGGCGGCGGUGGUGGUAAAUAUGGUGGUGGAGGUGGGGGAGGAUAUCCCGUAGGUGGUGGUGGUGGCGGAGGUAAACAAGGUGGAGGAGGCGGUGGUCCAUAUGGUGGAGGUGGUGGUGGUUCUUACGGAGGUGGUGGCGGUGGUUCUUACGGAGGAGGUGGUGGUGGCGGUAGAAAAAAAUUCGGAUAA